CGUGUCCGCGCGGUUGCGCCGCUGCCUGGCGCUGCGCGGGUGCGGCGGCUCCUCUCGCCAUGGCGGCCGGCGGCGAUGGGGCGGGCGAGCGGCCCUACGAGCUGGUGGUGUUCGGGGCCUCGGGCUUCACCGGACAGUUCGUGGUAGAGGAGGUGGCGCGGGCGGCGAGCAGCGGGGAGCUGCGCGGGGCCCUGCGCUGGGCCGUGGCCGGGCGGAGCCGGGAGAAGCUCCAGGCGGUGGUGCAGCGCGCGGCCGAGAGCCUGGGCAAGGCGGCGCUCGGGGCGGAGGUCGGCGUGCUGCUGUGCGAUGUGGGCGACGCGGCCUCGCUGGCCGCCAUGGCGAGGCAGACGCGGCUGGUGCUCAACUGCGUGGGGCCGUAUAGAUUCUUUGGAGAGCCUGUAGUAGAAGCUUGUGUUGAAAAUGGUGCAAGCUGCAUUGACAUCAGUGGAGAACCCCAGUUUCUGGAAGGAAUGUACCUGAAAUACAACAAAAAGGCUGCAGAAAAGGGAGUAUACAUCGUUGGAAGCUGUGGCUUUGACUCUAUACCAGCUGAUAUGGGAGUACUCUACACCAGAGACAAGUUGAAAGGUACGUUAACUGCUGUUGAAAGUUUCCUGAAGGUGAAAUCUGGGCCUGAGGGUACUUGUGUACAUGACGGGACCUGGAAGUCAGCUGUUUAUGGCCUUGCGGAUCAAGACAACCUGAGGAAGCUUCGAAAAAAGAUAGGAUAUGCCCCUGUUCCGGUAGUUGGUGCAAAACUUAAAAGAAGAGGUCUUGUAUUUUUCAAUCAGGAAUUCAAAGAGUACUGCAUUCCAUUCAUGGGAUCUGAUGCUUCUGUGGUGAAACGGUCUCAGCGUUAUUUGCACACAGAGUUGCAGGAAACACCUGUGCAGUAUGGUGCUUAUGUGAACAUAGGUGGUCUUGGCUCUGUUAUCAAGCUGAUGUUUGCUGGCAUUUUAUUUCUUCUUCUUGUGAAGUUUAGCUUUGGAAGAAAACUUCUGGUAAAAUACCCAGAAUUUUUCUCUGCUGGACAUUUCACAAAGGACGGACCAACCCAGAAACAGAUGGAUGGAACCUCUUUCACAAUGACUUUUUUUGGCGAGGGUUACAGUGAGGGCCAAGAUCCCCAGAAUGGAAAACCAAAUGUAAAGAUCUGCACCGAAGUCAAGGGGCCAGAACCUGGCUAUGUUGCUACACCAAUUGCAAUGGUUCAAGCAGCUGUAUCUCUUCUGGAGGAUACAGCUUGUCUGCCUAAGCAAGGUGGUGUAUAUUCUCCAGGAGCGGCCUUCUCCAAAACAAAACUGAUUGAUCGCCUCAACAAACGUGGUGUGGAGUUCUCUGUUAUUAGCAAGCCUGAAGUCUGAAGUCAGGACAUGACUAUAUGAACUAACACCUUCCCUGGGUCUAACUCCAAUAAAACUUAUUUGGCUGUAAAAGCCUAAUCAUAAAAUAGUUUCACUGUGGUAUUCUUUACAGAGAAACAGAAGAAAAAUUGAGUUAAAAUACUAUUUGCUAUAGUGAGCAAACCCGUAAAGGGUAUUGAGUAUUAAUUAACAAGUAUGUUAAAUCUGUGACUUACUGCGUACUAGUUCUAGGAUUUUGUUUAAUCUCUUACAUUAACUUUUCAGUUACUACUUAGUGGAACCACUAUGGCACCUGCUUCACAAUUAACCACAGCUGUCUCACUUUGCCCCAUUUCCCAACUACUAAAAGCAGGCAGGCCUUGGAUAACAAGUGCCUUAGCAGCCGAAACCAUUAGUUACUCCCCAUGCCUGUUGGGGAUUGGCGCUAUUACUUUGUGGUGUUCUUACAUUUAAAGCCUUGAUGCCCAUAAUGAAAUAAAAGAGGAGGAGUUGUUUCUCAGAGUUUAA